AUGGCUAGAAAGGUAGCAGCUAUUGCCUUUGUUGUGCUUGUGAGCAUUGGCCUAUCCAAUGCAGCAAGGGUAGCUAGAUUCACAGCUAAGGGAGGUGGUGGCGGCGGUGGUGAAGGGGGCGGUGGGGGAGGGGGUGAGGGUGGUGGUGGGUCAGGGUAUGGGUCUGGUUAUGGUGCAGGUUACGGACAAGGAGGUGGAGCCUCUGGUGGAGGUUACGGGCAGGGUGGAGGCGGUGGAGGUGGUGGUGGACAGGGUGGUGGCAGUGGAUCCGGCUAUGGAUCAGGGUAUGGCCAAGGUGGCGGAGUGUCUGGUGGAGGCUAUGGGAAAGGUGGUGGAGGUGGUGGAGGACAAGGUGGUGGUGCUGGUGGGUCUGGCUAUGGGUCUGGAUACGGUUCGGGAUAUGGUCAAGGCGGUGGAGCUUCGGGUGGAGGUUAUGGACAAGGUGGUGGAGGUGGUGGCGGUGGAGGACAAGAUGGUGGAAAUGGAUCGGGUUAUGGAUCUGGAUAUGGUUCUGGCUAUGGUCAGGGUGGUGGAGCUUCCGGUGGAGGCUAUGGGCAAGGUGGUGGUGGCGGUGGCGGUAGCGGACAAGGGGGUGGCAAUGGAUCCGGAUACGGCACUGGCUAUGGUCAAGGCGGUGGAGCUUAUGCUGGAGGCUAUGGGCAAGGUGGUGGAGGAGGCGGAGGUGGCGGCCAAGGUGGUGGUGGUUCAGGUAGCGGCUCAGGUUAUGGCUCUGGGUACGGUAGCGGUGCUGGUGGAAGCCCGUAGAGUUCAGUUUUGAACAAAAGCAAAGGAAUAUGUGUUUACGAUAAAAACACCCAUUUGCAUUUCCAUGUAACGAAUAACAAAUUUUAGUUUUAUGUCGAUGUACUUGUAACAUGUUUUGAAAUAACGGGUGUUAUAGCUUUUGUUUGAGUUAA